AAAACAUCAUUAAUCCUCACGAAAUUUCUGUUUUUACGUGCUUCUUCUGAAACCCUAAAUUUUUGUACCCUAUAAAACUUGGGAUCUCUCCCGCUACGGAGUACUCCCCUAUAAAGAGCUUCUGGCCCUCGACUUAUCCCAGUUCUCCUGGCGUAGAUCUUUCAACACGAAAUAAAACAACGAACUUCUGAUCAUUUUUCACUUUCCCUUCUCCUUUUUCAUUUCAGGUCCUCGAUUCUGCAGAGCAGAGCAUCACCCGUUGAAGAAGAUGUAAUUUUGACACGGGAAAGCUGUCUAUGUGUUGCACGAGAAUCAGGAACACGAUCACAAGAGAUGGAUCAUCAAGGGCAUAACCAGCACCCCUCUAUGGAUCAUCAUCAACUGCCUUAUGCUUCAAACCCAUACCAGGCGACCCAAAUAAGUGCGACACCGGGAUCCGCUGUCACAUCAGUUGGGACCAUUCAAUACAGUGGUCAGCCUGCGGGAGCUCAACUGGGACAACACCAACUCGCUUAUCAGCACAUUCACCAGCAGCAGCAGCAGCAACUCCAGCAGCAACUCCAAAACUUUUGGGCUAAUCAGUACCAAGAAAUCGAGAAGGUGACAGAUUUCAAGAAUCACAGCCUUCCGUUGGCCAGGAUCAAGAAGAUCAUGAAAGCUGAUGAGGAUGUUCGCAUGAUAUCAGCGGAGGCGCCGGUGAUAUUUGCGAGGGCGUGCGAGAUGUUUAUCCUAGAGCUGACUUUGCGUUCUUGGAAUCACACUGAAGAGAACAAAAGGAGAACACUUCAGAAGAACGACAUUGCAGCAGCAAUCACAAGGACUGAUAUAUUUGACUUCUUGGUCGAUAUUGUGCCGCGUGAGGAUCUGAAAGAUGAAGUGCUGGCAUCAAUCCCAAGAGGGACAAUGCCUGUGGCAGGGCCUGCUGAUGCACUUCCUUAUUGUUAUAUGCCAACUCAGCAUGCACCGCAAGUAGGCGCCGCUGGGGUCAUAAUGGGUAAGCCUGUGAUGGACCCGACCAUGUAUGCCCAACAGUCCCACCCCUACAUGCCGCAACAGAUGUGGCCACAGCCUCCGGAGCAAAGACAAUCUACUCCUGAUCGUUAGAUGCUGUGUUAUGCAUGUUAAGAUUACUGGUGCAGUGCGAUGAACGCAGGACGUGAAAUGGAGGGGGAGGUUGAGAAAGCCCUUGGCACUCAGUAACAGUAGCUUAUUAUUAGCUUACGGACAAAAUAAACCUUACUUAUAUGUAGAUAGUGUGCUCGGGGAAUCUUACCUUUGAUAAAGUCGGUGUUCUUUAAUUGUUUUAGUUUAACUUGCGCUUCCUAAGAUAGUAAUAAGUUACUCACAGCUGUAUAGGAGACUGUCGCUACCUGCUUGAAAUUUAGCUUCUUUAUCAGUGGAAGGAUAUAUGCAAUUUCAGGAUUGCACUUUCAAUUCCGUUA